AUGAAUGAUCUUCACCUGAUCUUAUCUAAUCCUCACAGUGACAGCAAAGCUGCCAGGCACCUUCCUCUCCAUACCUUCUCCUGGAGAAAUGUAGCACUCCUGCUGCUUCUUUCUCUCUCUUUGGAGGAGAGCACUUCAUCGCCAAUCAAGAGAGUCAAACAGAAACCAGGAGUGUGCCCCCGAGAGAGGGUCAUCUGUGAGACUGAAGUUCCAGACUCCUGCACAACUGACUUGCAGUGCCUAAAACACAUGAAGUGCUGCUCAUUUGGGUGUGGGAAAAAGUGCAUGGAUCCACUCCAAGAACCCUGCAUGCUACCCUUUGACGAAGGAUACUGUAACAUUAGUAUCUUACGCUGGUAUUUUGACUUUAAACAUCAGUCCUGCCAACCCUUUAUCUAUGGAGGCUGCCAUGGGAAUGCCAACAACUUCAUCAGCAUCGCAAACUGCAAAAUGGCUUGCUCAUCAGUUGUCAAGAAUGGACAGUGCCCACUCUUCCCUUUCAAGGACCGUAUGGUGUGUCCAGCUUCGUGUAAGAGUGACUCCGAUUGCCCCAAAACUGACAAAUGUUGUGAAUCCAUGUGUGGCUUUGUUUGUGCCAAGGCUUGGACAGUUAAAUCAGGUUUCUGCCCACGCAAGCCCAUGGUGUGUUCCAAGAUUGAUAGACCCAAGUGCCUGAAGGAUCAUGAUUGCCCAGUGUCACAGAAGUGCUGUUCACAUUGUGGACUGAAGUGCCUGGAACCUCAAAAAUGA